UGCCCGCCGAUGCGCCCUGCAGAUGAGACGAAGCCGGAGGACGUGACUCGCUCCGCUGACUUGCGGCCCGUUGCGCGGAGGUCGGUCCACAACAAGCCCAACCCAGCACCUUCUCACAAGUUAAGAAAACUGGCCAAAAUAGCUCUUUCCGCUUUCGCCCAGGUCGUCACCGCGACCUCAUGCACUUCUUGCACCACCACUGCUACAGUUCUGAACCUCGCUAGUAACUCUAUCAAGAACGCCUAUUUUAUAGGACCUAGUUAGGUCUCGCGUAACUGAGAAGCCGCCGAGAGCUUCAAAUCAGGCCGGCCUGAUUCUGACCGCGCGCUUCUAGCCAUGACGAUUCCUGAGCCGCUCACGAUAAGUGGAGCUAAAAGGCGCUUCAGGGUGGGCGACCGCGUGCGGGUGCUUCCCGCCGCGCCCCGCCUGUCUUUGUCACGCGACAGCGUUGACGGCGACCCGCCCCCUCGGCCUGAGCUGCCUGAGGGCCCCUACACCAUCGCCCAGGUGCUCACCGCCACCUCCUACCGCCUCACGAUGCCCGCCGAUUGGGACUUCCCCCUGUCGGGCGUGGUGCACGCCUCCCGCCUGGAGCUGUGGGACGCGCCGUGCGGCUACCUGGGCACCUCGCCCGCGGCAGCUGCCGGCAGCUUUGGCCGUUCCGGCACGCUCCACGGCUCCUCCCCCCUGCUACCCGGCCCCUUCCCCGCCUCCCCCGCCGGCAUCCGCACCCCCCGCUCGCACCCCAUCCCCAUCUACGCCUUCGACUUCGAGAGCCCGGACCUGGACGAGCUGGACGAGGCGGAGGGGGAGGAGGACGUGGUGGUGAACGUGCGCGUGGGCAACGACCGCAAGACCGCCAAGAAGGCAUGCCUGUUCCGCAUCCGCUGGGCCGCCAGCCGCGGGCGGCCAGAGGGCGAGAGCUGGGAGCCCUACGCCGCGGUGGCGCACCUGCCCGCGGUGCGCGCCUACAUGCGCAGCGAGCAGUUCAAGGAGUUCAAGGGCUCCGACCCCUUCGCCUCCUUCCGGGCGCGCUUCCCCGAGCGCGCGCCGCGCAUGGUGCGCUUCGCGCCCACCGCGGAGGAGUAGGCGGAGGGGUGGGAAGGAGGAGGAGGAGCUUGGGUGGAGGGGAGAGGAGAGCAGGCGCGCGGGAAAGGGAGUAGGCGGGGACAGGCGGCUUUCCAUGGCGUGGGAGCGAGCGGCUGGGCUGGAGUGGAGGUUCAGGCAGAGUAGGGGUGACGAGAGAGGACUGGUUUGAGUGCUCAACUCAGGAAUCGGUUCGGUUCGUUUGUUCGUCCGUUCGUGUAGCGUCCAGGCAUUACAUACUAGAUGUGUGUCCGGCUACUUUGGCGGUACGGGUGUGUUUCAAAGUUGCAUUUAUGUCUGUGCACAAACCUGAUCCUGUGCUUGCCUGCUUGCGUUGCUUGAUUACCGUGCCGGUUUCGCUGCGGCACACUGUGCGUUGGGGCAACAAGCAGGACUUAGCCCGUCAGGUGUCGAGGCUGUGGACGAGAAGAGAUGAUUACUGGGCAUUGGCAUUCGGUCACAUGCACCUCAAUGUAUUAUAAAACCAAGCUUGAUUACGACUUGCUAUGUGGCUGUGUUGGUGGAGAAGGGUCAGUCUACGUAGCAAGAUUACUGAGUGGACGCAUAUGUGAUGCAUGCAUGCCCAUGCUUGAAAGCAGAGAGGGAGGUACAGGAGGGCCGCCAUGGCCACCACACAAUAACGCAGCGGGGCUGCCAACCCCUCACUCUGUGGACACCGGCCUAAGAAACGGAAUGUGUAAGCAAAGCAUACU